AUGAAAGGGCAGACAGGGCUUCGCUCACUGGCCUUGCUCUAUAUCUCCCCCCUAUACAUCCUUGAACGGCUUCCUCUAAAGCUUUCCGCGCCUGAUACUCUCGUUGUCCGGGGCAGCUUCAUUGUUCCCACUGAGCCUUUGUACCCUUCUAUCACCAUGGUCCAGACGAAUUUAGAGGUGGUCGAUGACACUUUACAUCUGCCCCGAAUCCUCUGUCUUCAUGGAGGAGGGUCUAAUGCUGCCAUCUUCCAAGCCCAAUGUCGCCGACUCAUUGCCCAGCUACGAUCCGAAUUUCGCUUCGUCUUUGCACAGGCACCGUUCUUGUCUGAUGCUGAGCCCAAUGUGAUGUCAGUGUACAGUCAAUGGGGCCCGUUCAGACGUUGGCUUCGCUGGUGCCCGGACCACCCUGAAAUCCGGCCGGAAGACGCUAUCCGAGCGAUUGAUGACUGUCUGGAGGAUGUGAAACGCCAAGACGACGCAAAGGGUGCCACAGGAGCGUGGGUUGGAUUGCUUGGAUUUAGUCAAGGCGCGAAGAUGUGCGCCAGUCUCCUCUACCGCCAACAAAUCCGCCAGGAACUACGGGGACGAUCGUUCGCCGGUUCAGACUACCGUUUUGGAGUUCUACUGGCUGGCCGUGCGCCGCUGGUAUCCUUGGAUCCGGACCUGGAUCUGAAUUCUUCUUUGCCUGAUGUGUCGCAGAUCACGGAUGCGAAGUACCACGGUCCGAGCCAGGACGUUCUACGCAUUCCCACCGUGCAUGUACACGGGAUGCGAGAUCCCCACGUGGACCUUCACCGUCAGCUGUUUGAAGAGUUCUGUGCUCCGGAAAGCAGGAGACUAGUAGAGUGGGAUGGUGACCAUCGGGUUCCGCUGAAGUACAAUGAUGUCUCGCUCGUUGCGUAUCAGAUUCGAGAACUUGCAACGCAGACGGGUGCUCCCUAG